AUGCUGCGGGUAACAGCAUGUGUGACCAGCAAAAUACCAGAUUUAGUAUGGGCCGGGGCUCGCUGGGGUGUCAGACGCAGGAAGAUAGUGCCACGCGGCCCGCGAUACAGCGCCGACACAGAGGAUGCCGUAGUGCUAUAUAGACCAGGGACUGGGGCCGAUGGAGCAGAAUCACAGCAGUCUUCAACGUCGUCGCAAUCAGGGGACAGUGCGGCAACGCUUGUGCCGAUUGCAAACCGUAACAAGUCACUGAAGAGCCUUUUAGGUGCAGCGUUGAAGGAAGUGCCGGUGGUAGUUGACCCAGCGCUGGGCCGUAAGCUGCGUCCGCACCAAGUUGAGGGAGUGAAGUUCCUGUUCAACUGCACAACUGGACGCAUCUACAAGAACGCGUUCGGAUGGGUCUUGGGCAAGACUCUGCAGUGCAUCAGCACUGCUGUGGACGCUGCUGCAGCAGUCGCCGACGCCUGGAAAGCCAACGAUCGAAAAGUGCGUGGUUGCUGUCCAAGCAGCUUGGUCAAGAACUGGGCUAACGAGAUUGUAAAGUGGCUCGGGUCGACCAAGAUUGCGCCGCUGGCUUGCGAUAACAAAGGCACGAAGGAGAAGUUUAUCGGCGCGCGUGGCCGCAUGAUCAUCCACCCGGUUCUGAUUAUCUCGUACGAGACCCUGCGCACAUACAUUAAUGUGCUGUCCAGGGGCCCCAUCGGCUUGCUGCUGUGUGAUGAGGGGCACAGGCUCAAGAACUCGGCUUCGCAGACAUUCCAGGCGCUGGAUUCGCUCAAGGUCGAGAGGCGUGUGAUUUUGUCGGGCACUCCUAUCCAGAACGACCUGUCCGAGUAUUUUUCGCUGCUCAAUUUCACCAACCCAGGGCUGCUGGGCUCGACACAAGAGUUCCGCAAAAACGAGCAGAAGAGAGGCGACGAAAUGCUGGCGGAGCUCAAUGCCAUUGCCAGCAAGGUCAUCAUCCGCCGCACCAACGACCUGCUGUCCAAGUACCUUCCAGUCAAAUACGAGCACGUUGUGUUCUGUCCACUGACUGAGCUGCAGACCGACCUGUACGAGCUGUUCCUGAAGUCAAAGGAGGCGCGCGCUGCGAUUGGUGAAGGUGGCAAAUGCGCGCUGCAGACGAUCAUCAAUCUAGGCAAACUAUGUAACCACCCAAGCCUGAUCGAUAUCACGAAGCAUGUCCAGGGAUACCAGGCGGUGACACCCAAGGAGUAUUUCACCGACAGAUUGCAACCCGCGUCCAGGAGCGGUGGUAGUAUUGGGCGACGUGGUGCAGCGAUCCGCGGAAUGCAGAUGAUGCAGCAAGGCGACAGUUCUUCGACCAACCAGCCGUUCCAUCCCAGGUGGUCCAGCAAAAUGGCGCUGCUCGACCGUAUGUUGCAGCAGAUUAGUCGGGGGCGCGAGAAGGACAAGAUUGUGCUGAUUUCAAACUACACGCAGACACUAAACCUGUUUGAGGAACUGUGCAAGGGGCGCGGGUUCGGCUACUACCGCCUCGACGGCUCUAUGACGAUCCCUAAGCGGCAGCAGAUUGUUGACCAGUUCAACAACCCAAAUGACCCUGCUUUCGUCUUCUUGCUUUCGUCCAAGGCGGGCGGCUGCGGAAUCAACCUGGUCGGUGCCAACCGGCUGGUCUUGUUUGACAGCAGCUUCAACCCGGCAGACAAUCUUCAGGCGUGCGGGCGAAUCUGGCGCGAUGGGCAAAAGAAGACCUGCUAUAUUUAUACCAUGGCUACUACCGGCACAGUCGAAGAGAAGAUUUUCCAGCGGCAGGCAUACAAGACGUCGCUGGCCACCUGUGUCGUGGAUGAGCAGGAGAACGUUGACCGGCACUUUUCGCGCGAUCAAAUGCGCCAGCUGUUCAAGGCCAGGCUGCGUGGCGAGACUAUGUGUGAUACGCAUGACCAGUUCAAGUGCCGGAGAUGCGUACAUGGAAGGCAGGCGAUCAAGGCGUCAGAGAAUAUGGACUUUGCGGACCACAAUUCAUGGGAGCAUUUCGGCCAAACCGAUGCACCCAAGCUACAAGACCAGCUAUUGCGCUCAUGCAUGGGCAAGGAUGUAUCAUUUGUGUUCCAGUACAAGUCGCAUUGA